AUGGAAGAGAAUUAAUGGGCUACCGGCCUUGGGACAUCCGGAGUCCAAGCCAAGCACAAAGUCCAACAUGCUGCGCGGCCGUACCUCGGCCACCUCUGCAGACGAGCAGCCGCAUAUUGGGAACUACCGCUUGUUGAAAACCAUCGGCAAGGGGAACUUCGCCAAGGUCAAGUUGGCACGGCACGUCCUGACGGGGAAAGAGGUGGCCGUGAAAAUCAUUGACAAGACGCAGCUGAACUCAUCCAGCUUACAGAAGCUCUUCCGGGAAGUGCGAAUAAUGAAGGUUUUGAAUCAUCCCAAUAUAGUUAAAUUAUUUGAAGUUAUAGAGACAGAGAAGACGCUGUACCUCGUCAUGGAGUAUGCCAGUGGGGGUGAGGUUUUCGACUACUUAGUAGCCCACGGAAGGAUGAAAGAGAAGGAAGCACGGGCAAAAUUCCGACAGAUAGUGUCUGCUGUGCAGUACUGUCACCAAAAAUUUAUUGUACAUAGAGACUUGAAGGCAGAGAAUCUGCUCUUAGACGCCGACAUGAACAUUAAAAUUGCAGACUUCGGUUUCAGCAACGAGUUCACGUUCGGCAACAAGCUUGACACGUUCUGCGGGAGCCCCCCGUACGCCGCGCCCGAGCUUUUCCAGGGCAAGAAGUACGAUGGGCCCGAGGUAGACGUAUGGAGCCUGGGGGUCAUCCUCUACACACUGGUUAGCGGCUCGCUGCCCUUCGAUGGGCAGAACCUCAAGGAGCUGCGAGAACGGGUCUUGAGGGGGAAGUACCGGAUCCCCUUCUACAUGUCCACAGACUGCGAAAACUUGCUGAAAAAAUUCCUCAUCCUUAACCCUAGCAAAAGAGGCACUUUAGAGCAAAUCAUGAAAGACCGCUGGAUGAAUGUGGGGCACGAGGACGACGAACUGAAGCCUUAUGUGGAGCCUCUGCCCGACUACAAGGACCCCAGGCGGACAGAGCUCAUGAUAUCCAUGGGAUACACCCGCGAGGAGAUCCAGGACUCGCUGGUCAGCCAGAAGUAUAACGAAGUCAUGGCUACAUAUCUGCUGCUAGGAUACAAAAACUCAGAGCUUGACAACGACAGCAUUACCCUGAAGCCGCGGCCCCAGCCCGACCUCACCAACAGCACCGCCCCCUCCCCGUCACACAAGGUACAGCGCAGCGUCUCGGCCAACCCCAAGCAGCGGCGCUUCAGCGACCAGGUACCGACUAUCCCGACAUCCACUUCAUACUCCAAGAAAACACAGGCAGCCAAUGCAGAGAACAAGCGGCCCGAAGAAGAGCGGGACCGGAAGGCUAGCAGUACCGUCAAAGUGCCGGCCAGCCCGUUGCCGGGCCUCGAGAGGAAGAAGAGCACCCCCUCCCCCUCCACAAACAGCGUCCUGUCGACCAGCACGAACCGGAGCCGGAAUUCACCGAAUCUGGAGCACACCAGCUUGGGCCAAAACUCCAUCCAGAACGGCAAAGAUAGCCUAACCACUCCAGGCUCCAGGGCUUCCACUGCUUCAGCCUCUGCCGCCGUGAGCUCCGCGCGCCCGCGCCAGCAUCAGAAAUCCAUGUCUGCCUCGGUGCACCCUUCCAAGCCCGUGCUGCCCCCCUCCGACAAUAACUGUGAGGUGCAGCGACCCAGCACUGCGCCUCAGAGAGUCCCCGUCGCCUCCCCCUCCGCCCACAACAUCAGCAGCGCCCUCCCUGAGCGCACCAACUUCCCCCGGGGAGUCUCCAGCCGUAGCACCUUCCACGCAGGGCAGCUCCGGCAGGUCCGGGACCAGCAGAACCUCCCCUACGGCAUGACGCCCGCCUCGCCCUCCGGGAACAGCCAAGGCAGGAGGGGUGCCUCGGGAAGCAUCUUCAGCAAGUUCACUUCUAAGUUCGUGCGCAGAAAUCUGUCUUUCAGGUUUGCCAGAAGGAACCUGCAUGAGCCCGAAAGCAAAGACCGUGUGGAGACGCUCAGGCCCCAUAUGGUCGGCGGCAGCGGGGACAAAGAGCGGGACGAGAACCGGGAGGCCAAGCCGCGCUCGCUGCGCUUCACCUGGAGCAUGAAGACGACCAGCUCCAUGGAGCCCAACGAGAUGAUGAAGGAGAUCCGGAAAGUGCUGGACGCUAACAACUGCCAGUGCGAGCUGCAGGAGAAGUACAUGCUCCUGUGCAUGCACGGAGCGCCGGGCCACGAGGCCUUCGUGCAGUGGGAGAUGGAGGUGUGCAAGCUCCCACGCCUCUCGCUCAACGGCGUCCGCUUCAAGCGGAUAUCCGGCACCUCCAUGGCCUUCAAGAACAUUGCCUCAAAAAUCGCCAACGAACUGAAGCUUUAACAAGCCCCCCCGGGGGGGGGGCGGCCUGCACGCGCAUGGGGGUGGGGUUUAGGAGUAAAGCUGCAAUUUUAACUCUGGAA